AUGCCCGAAGUUAUCGACCCAUGGUAUAUCCAUAUUUUUACGAAAACGGACUUGGAAAGAGCCACCAAAUUUCCACCGGGGUGCUUUGCUUUCGAGUUUCUGAAAGCCAUUACCAGUCGUCCAGCCAAACUCCAUUACAUUGCGCCAGGCCUUCGUUUACCGACUGCCUCGGAGAUAUCCGAGUUUCUGGGCCCCAAACACGACAAGGACUUUCUAGAAUGGAGAUAUAACUUGGUAAGAUGGCCACCGCACUACAGGGGCAUCGUGCGCACGGGGUUAUACAUAACUGAGGCUGUUACUAUCAACGAAUCUGCCUUUGGCGAUGGGUGCACCUUGACUCUUCCGUUUAAAGUCGGAGCAAACGGGUGGGCACGUCGAAGCAACGGUGAGCCUAUUAAAGGAUGCACAUACGAGGACGCGUGUGCUCAUGCAGAGCUCUAUCAGACACAAGGAAUUGGGUUCAAUGAUGGCCAUAGUGUGCAGAUAUACAAAGAUGAUGAUUGGGAGGUGGGAGAAGAUGGGGUACUUGGUGGACCAGAAAAGUUCAAGGAUUCUGAUAGCGAAGAGCAUUGGCAUAAGUAUUGGAUCCCACCUUCUUGUUGA